ACCAAGUUUUAUUAGUGGUUUCUUCUACACACUGCACUUCACUUAAAUGGGUGUGAACUCCAAUAGAGUUGAUCCCUUUUUUUGCAAUGGAACCACCACCAUUAAAAUCCAAGCUGAGAUACCAAUGCCACCAUUGGAAAUCCACAAGGUUCGUUUGCCACCAGAACGCACCACACUUGAGAAACUCAGACAAAGGCUCUCUGAGAUCUUCUUCCCAGAUGACCCACUUCACAAGUUCAAGAACCAAACUUGGUUCAUGAAGUUCCUCCUUGGUCUUCAAUACUUGUUCCCCAUUUUCCAAUGGGGUCCUGAGUACAACCUUUCCCUUCUCCGCUCUGACAUCAUCUCUGGUCUCACCAUUGCUAGCCUCUCCAUUCCUCAGGGAAUCAGUUAUGCUAAGCUUGCAAACUUGCCCCCUAUUGUUGGAUUAUAUUCCAGUUUUGUGCCCCCGUUGAUAUAUUCCCUGCUUGGAAGUUCUAGACAUCUUGGCGUUGGUCCUGUUUCAAUUGCAUCUUUGGUCAUGGGAUCAAUGUUGAGCGAGACAGUUUCUUAUACUCAAGAUCCAAUUCUCUAUCUUAAAUUGGCUUUCACUGCCACUUUCUUUGCUGGUUUAUUCCAAUCUUCUCUGGGUAUAUUGAGGUUAGGCUUUGUGAUUGAUUUUCUGUCAAAGGCAACGCUGGUGGGCUUCAUGGCCGGUGCAGCGAUCAUUGUGUCAUUGCAGCAGCUCAAAGGGUUGCUUGGAAUAGUUCACUUCUCCAGCAAGAUGCAAAUAAUACCUGUACUCAUUUCUGUUUUCAAACACAAAAAUGAGUGGUCAUGGCAAACCAUUCUACUUGGAUUCAGUUUCCUAGCCUUCAUGCUGACAACAAGGCACAUUAGCUUGAAGAAGCCAAAAUUAUUCUGGGUUUCAGCAGCUGCCCCAUUGAUGUCAGUUAUUCUGUCGACACUUUUAGUCUUUAUUCUGAGAAAUAAGGCCCAUGGAAUUGCAAUUAUCGGUGAAUUGCCAAAGGGCCUUAAUCCACCAUCAUCAAACAUGUUAUACUUCAGUGGUCCUUAUUUGGCUCUUGCUAUCAAAACAGGACUUGUCACUGGGAUCUUGUCUCUCACUGAAGGAAUAGCAGUAGGAAGAACAUUUGCUGCACUUAAGAAUUAUCAAGUGGAUGGAAACAAAGAAAUGAUGGCCAUUGGUCUUAUGAACAUAGCUGGCUCUUGUUCUUCUUGCUAUGUGACAACAGGAUCCUUUUCUCGAUCAGCUGUUAACUUCAAUGCUGGAGCACAGACAGCAGUCUCAAAUAUAAUCAUGGCUUCAGCAGUUCUUGUGACCCUUCUGUUUCUCAUGCCUCUUUUCUAUUACACACCGAAUGUCGUCUUAGCAGCCAUCAUCAUCACUGCUGUUAUUGGGCUAAUAGAUUAUCAAGCUGCAUAUAAAUUGUGGAAGGUUGACAAGCUUGAUUUCUUGGCCUGUUUGUGCUCAUUUUUUGGUGUUCUCUUCAUUUCAGUGCCCUUAGGCCUUGGAAUAGCGGUGGCAAUAUCAGUCUUCAAGAUCCUGCUUCAUGUCUCUAGGCCAAACACACUGGUUUUGGGGAAUAUACCAGGCACGCCAAUAUUCCACAACCUAAACCAAUAUAGAGAAGCUUUAAGGAUACCUUCAUUUAUCAUUUUGGCCGUUGAGUCUCCCAUCUACUUUGCUAAUUCAACUUACCUGCAAGAAAGGUUACUGAGAUGGGUUCGAGAAGAGGAAGAGCGUGUAAAAGCAAACAAUGAAAGUACAUUAAAGUGCAUAAUACUAGACAUGACAGCUGUCACAGCCAUAGACACAAGUGGUAUCGACAUUUUAUGUGAACUGAGAAAGAUGCUGGACAAAAGAUCACUUCAGUUAGUGUUGGCAAAUCCUGUUGGAAAUGUGAUGGAAAAGUUACAUCAGUCAAAUAUUUUGGAGUCCUUUGGGUUGAAAGGAGUGUAUCUCACAGUGGGAGAAGCUGUGGCUGACAUUUCAUCCUCCUGGAAGGCUCAGCCAUGAUUUGUUGCAUAGAUGAAUUUCUAGGACAGAGGAAAAAAAGAAGUUUUUAACUAACGGCUUCAAACUUUUUAGCCUGCCUGAGACAUUCUACUUUGUUUCGGGAGAAACCUUGAAAAAUCAAGGCAUUGGUUUUUUCAGAAGAGUGUUUCUUAUCCCAGGAUAUUGGUUUUGUAUCUUUGUUGUUAUGUUAGUUUUGUCCAUUUUUGACUUUUGAU